GCGAUCAGGAAUGCUGAUUGAAAACUACUGGCGAGCACUUACCCGAUCUCUUUCCCUCCGCCGCUUGUUUCCUGUACCAUUGCGCUCCUCCGUCGCCGAGCCGGACUCCGUCGGCCGGCAGUCGUACUUUCUCUCAGCCGCGUCCAUCCAUCGCCAAGAUGGUGAAUCCCUUAGUGAGGAGGAAGAUCGUGAAGAAGAGGACGAAGAAGUUCAUUCGUCCUCAAUCCGACAGGAAGAUAUGUGUGAAGCCAAACUGGAGGAAGCCGAAGGGUAUCGAUUCCCGCGUUCGGCGUAGGUUCAAGGGAACGACGUUGAUGCCAAAUAUUGGUUAUGGGUCGAACAAGAAGACGAGGCAUAUCCUUCCCAACGGUUUCAAGAAGUUUGUCGUCAACAACGUCAAGGAGCUGGACGUUCUUCUCAUGCACAACAGGGUGUUUUGUGCCGAGAUCGCUCACGGUGUUUCCACUCUCAAGAGGAAGGCCAUUGUGGAGAGGGCAGCCCAGUUGAACAUCAGAGUGUCGAAUGGAAGAGCUCGUCUCCGCAGCCAGGAGGACGAGUAAAGAGGGAUCACUGUGGGCGCUGUGUAGCUUCUACCUCUUUUUCCUUGUACUCGACGUACGUCAAGCAACUUAGCUCUUCCUCGAAGACAAGGGAAGAUUCUCUAUCGCGUAUGUGCGAGGGAGUAGAUAGAAUGUGUAUGGGACAAUGGGCUCGUCUUCUUGUCGCUCGGUCGGACAAGCUGGAAAGUCUGCGACUCUUUCGCGGGAUGCUUGCUUGGGAAAACCGUUGGUAAUGGAGAGAGAGCUGGGGUUUCAUGAGGUACUCUGAUUUUCUGGUUUAGUGCUGCUGAAGGUUGUGCUAGGCUAGCAGAGAAUUCCUCGAGUAAUGAAGCGGACAGGGCGCCAUAUCGGCGACUUCUGGGAGUUUGAUCCUCGUACAAUACGUAUUGGAAACUAAGUUGUUGGGGUCAGAAGCCAAGCUUUCGGUAUCUUGAACUCGUCAGAAUUUUGGAUACGGAGUUACAAUUUUUCCUCGGGAUCAAUAUGGACCGUGUGUGUCCUUGAGCACAAUUUGUCGUGGUUGCUCAAAUCUCUGCUUCGCUUGGAAGUCUCCGGGGGUGCUCUCUUGUCUACACUUUUUUGGCUACGGCAGCAACAUCUGCUCUCUCGGUGUUGAGCUGUUUUCCCAACCAGUCUGUUCCUAUUGUACAUCGCCGCCUCGUUUGUUGUUUUGCCAGCGUGGUACUUCAACCCUAUGUUCUUCCCACGAAAAGAACGCCACGUCGAUAUAGCUGCAAAAUUCUGACCAAAUGCACCGUAUCCUCUUUUUGACCAGCCAGAUACAUCAAAUCUUUCCUAGAACAGAACGCGCAGUCAUUGUAGCUGCAAUGUUCUCCCCAGAUACACAAAACAAUGACCGGCUGUUGUGUUCGGGUGACGAAGGUUACUCCCCUGGUCUUAUCUCACGACAUCGUUUUCUUCUGUUGCGGAUCAUCCUGCCCUCGCC